AUGCCCAUAAGUGGCUUAAUCAUACAAAGAAUAUCAUCUCACGUCAUCACCGGUCAGGACACAGGGGUCCAAGGAAUGAAGUGGAGCUACUCGAGACUUGUGAAGCUUCAUCUAAGAAUAAGUCUAAGUGACCUCUCUGCAUUCUAUUGGCCAAAGCAAGACAAGCUCAGCCUAGACACCAGAAUAGGAGAUAACCGUGUACAACCGACAGAGCAAUGUGAAGAUGAAAUGAGUCGAUGCAGGCUAAUCCAUUCUAGAGAGAAACAAUAUAAAUGUAAUAUAUGUGACACAGUCUUUAAUCAAAAAUCAAAACUUGUAGCUCAUAGGAGAGUUCAUGCUAGAAAGAAUCCAUACAAAUAUAAUGAAUGUGACAAGAUUUUCCAUCUUAGUUCAAAUCUCACAAGGCAUCAAAGAAUUCAUAGUACAGAGAAACUUUACAGAUGUCAUCAAUGUAGCAAAGUCUUUAUCUUCAGUCAAAAUUCAUCCCUUGCACAUCAGAAAAAUUUCACUAGAGAGAAACCUUACAAGUGUAAUGAAUGUGGCAAAGCCUUUAGCUUAAAGUCAACACUUACUAACCAUCAGUUAAUUCAUAUGAAAGAGAAACCUUACAAAUGUGAUGAGUGUGAUAAGGUCUUCCCUCAGAUAUCAAAACUUGUAGAUCAUUGUAGAAUUCACACUAAAGAGAAACCAUACAAAUGUAAUGAAUGUGAUAAGGUUUUCAACCACAAAUCAUCCUUAACAAGGCAUCAAAGAAUUCAUACUGGAGAGAAACCUUACAAAUAUAAUGAAUGUGACAAGGUUUCUGGUCAUAAUUCACACCUUGCAAGACAUCAAAGAGUUCAUACUGUAGAGAGACCUUACAAAUGUAAUGAAUGUGACAGAGUCUUCCAUAUCAGUUCAUAUCUUAAGCUACAUCAGAGAAUUCAUACUGGAGAGAAAAAACCAUAGAAGUGUAAUGAGUGUGGCAAAGCCUUUUAUGUGAGGUCAGCAUUUAUUAGUCACCAGGUCAUUCAUACUGGAGAGAAGCCUUAUGAGUGUAAUGAGUGUGGCAAGGUCUUCGUUUACAAAUCAUUCCUUACAAGGCAUCAGAGAGUUCAUACUAGAGAAAAACCUUACAAGUGUAAUGAGUGUGGUAAAGCAUUUACUGUGUUUUCAAGCCUAAAUAGACAUCAACCAAGCUGUCAUCAGACUGGGGGUUCUGCCCAUCUGGGGCAGGGACCUGUCGCCUAUGGGCCAUCCUCUUUGCCUUGCACAGGUGGAAGCUCGUCCCUUCUUGCUCCCUCUGAGCUGGCUGCUUUCAGCACUGGAGCACAGGCAGCAUUCAGGGUGAUCGAUCGCAACUUCCUGCUCUUGUGA